AUGGCGCUAAUUAUCCCGCUGCUGUUCACCCUGGCGACACUCCUCUUGCACACACAAAAUGUAACAGUUUGUUCUGCGGAUCAUUUUGGCGAAGCGAUCCGAAGGAAGGCUUUCAAGGUUCAACGCAGUGUAAGAGGUGACCCCGGGGUGAACUCUGCCAUUACGUCCAAACGGGUGAACGGCGCUAGUACGACGAGCAAGGGGAACUCCCUCCUAGAAGCGAAAAAAAGGGAGCAGGACUACUUCACCUUAAAGAUAAAUGAACAAAAUUUCAGGUGGAGUUUGCCCCUCUUGAUGGGGUCGAAGAAGACACCACUUGAGUUGGGAAUCGUCACGUCCACCCCGAUAACUGCCCUUUACUGUUCCUAUAAUGCGAAACCAAAUGAAGAAAUGAAUAAUAUAAAAUAUGAAGUGAACGCAUCGGAAGGUGUAAAAUAUAUAAGUUGCAAAAGUAGGUACUGCACUGCUAUAGGACAAGGAAAUACUUGCGCUCCAAUAGAACAUUUUUUCAAGAUGAUCCAUGAUUUUGGGUUGAGAAAAAAAAAUUGCACCAAUCGAUUUUGUACCUACAUAAAUGAUAUAAAUUUUUUAAAUGUGAAUACCAAGUUAGACAAGAGGAACAUGUCCGUGUGUUCCUUUAGUUCAAAUCUUGGUUCCGAACAAGUAGAGGGAUUUUAUUUUAGAGAUUCCUUUUACCUGUACGACACGGUUAAAUUCGACUACAAACACUUUGGCUGUGUAACACAGAGUGGCGUACUAACCUUCAAUAAUGUUAUUUCUGGUUUUAUCGGAUUAGCAUAUAACCGUGCAGAUGCUAUUGCUAACAAGAAAGAAUCCUCUUCUAUCUUGCAUACCCUGGUACAGAAGUCGGUGUCUAAAAAGAACAUCUUUGGAUUAUGCUUUGUUGAAGGAGGGGGUUUUGCAACCUUCGGUGGAAUUAACAAUGAAGCAUUAAGGAAGGUUCUCCCUGUGUCCAAGUUACAGAUGGGUUUUCAACACCUGGGGGGAGAAGACCCGCAAGCCACCUCCCACGAAAUUGUGUGGCUCGCAUAUUCAGACACGUCCAAAAGCACCUAUAGUCUUCUCUUGAAAGAAGUCAACAUGGUGUCGACCUCAAAUAGGGUGGAAAAUGCGAUCGGCAGAGUAGCUGUCAUCGAUUCAUAUAAUUACUUCCUAUCCUUUCCAGCUGAAAUCACCGCCAAGUUGAAGACCGCCAUCUACAACUCCUGCGUUGGAAAUGACAAUAAGUGUUCCAACAUCAUUAAUAAGGGUGUAUUCACACUGAAAAACGGAGGGGUGGAUGAUUUCCCUACGGUGGAGCUCGUCUUCGAUGAUGGGAAGGUGCUGAUCCAUCCUAAGGACUACCUAAUCCACGAAGGCGACGGAGUUUAUAGAGUUUUGAUAAAUUCAGAGGAAACCCUCAAAUUGGGGAUUCCCUUUUUCCUAAACAAGUAUCUGACCUUCGACAAUGAGAAUGGAAAAAUAGGAGUAGGCCCAUCUGACUGCACCUUCGAAAUGAAGGGGGUUUCUCCCGGAGUCGACCUGAGCGCUACGGAGGCGGACUCGAAUGAUGACCCUGAGGAUAAGGACUUCACGAUCGAAGACUUCUUUCAGGAGAACAAGUUGAUGAUUCUGGCGCUCACUUCUUUAAGCGUUGUGGGGGCCAUUGUCGGGGGCGUUUUUUUCUUCGGUUGA